UUAAAGUUUAAAGACCUCAGAGGACAGCUGGUCUCCUCACUGUGAUUCAGCUCCACCAGGCUGAGGGUCUCCUGCAGGAUUUAUCCCGGUCCCUGCUGGUUCUCCUGGUUCUUCUGGUUCUCCUCCAUCAUGGGCGCCUUCAUCGCUAAGCUGCUGCUCCCCACCGUCAGCAGUCUGGUGUUCCUGCCCACGGCCAGCGUCGCCGCCAAGCGGGGCUUCCACAUGGAGGCCAUGGUCUACUUCUUCACCAUGUUCUUCACCGUGAUCUACCACGCGUGUGACGGUCCAGGUCUGUCCAUCCUGUGCUUCAUGAGAUACGACAUCCUGGAAUAUUUCAGCGUCUACGGCACGGCGCUCUCCAUGUGGGUCACUCUGAUCGCUCUGGGCGACUUUGACGAACCUCAGCGUUCGUCCAUCACCAUGUUUGGAGUUCUGACCAUCGCUGUGAGGAUCUACCAGGACCGCUGGGGCUACGGGAUCUACUCCGGACCCAUCGGAUCGGCCGUCUUCAUCAUAACCGUCAAAUGGCUGCAGAAGAUGAAGCAGCUGAGGUCGGUUUAUCCAGAGAAGUCGGUUUACACGCAGCAGGUCGGUCCAGGAUGCUGCUUCGGAGCUCUGGCUCUGAUGCUGCGCUUCUACUUCGAGGAGUGGGACUACUCGUACGUCCACAGCUUCUACCAUCUGUCUCUGGCCGUGGCCUUCGUUCUGCUGCUGCCCAAGAAGAACCGAUACUCAGGAGAAGGAAGAAACGCCGCCAAGCUCAGCUGCUUCACACUCUGCUGCUGCUCCAUGUCUCCUGGUUCCUCCAAAGAUGACAGCGACCAGAAGAAGAAGAAGAAGAAGAAGAGGUCGGUGUGGACGGUUCCCACUGAGAAGCCGUGGAGUCGGAGCUGCACCCCGACGCUGCCGUUAUACAGCCAACCUCCAUCCACCCCCAUCAAAGGAACCAUCAGCCGGCUGAAGGAGAUGAACGGCUGGAAGUGAAGCAGCUCCUUCUGGCUGCUGGAACAUUUAGGAGUCGGUUAUAAAAAUGUAAGAAGAGAGGAAAAAAGGCGAAUAAAAAGCCAGCUGUGUGACGUCAGAGCUACUGCAGGACGGAGAUUUACGACGAGGACGAACCGGCAGAUGGUUUAUCUCUCCAGGACGGAUAAAUUGUCUUUAGAAAUGUUCCUCGAGGGAGAACCUCCAUCCUCCCUCCUCUGCUUCCCGUCUCCGUUCGGAAAAAGAAAAAACACCAGAAUUAGAAGACCGUUAAAGCACCUUUUAGCGUUUUAUUCGUCCUUCCGGCACCAAACGAGGCCAAGAAGCAUCUCGACGUGUUUUCUGGACGAGCAGGUGGAACCGUUUUAACCCAAAGAACCCCAAAGAAGCAACUUCUGGGAGACUUUUAACACAUUUUCCUUCACUGUGGCUCAAUGUAAAGUCCUGCAGCUCUAUGGAGACAGAACAACCAUGAAUAGAAGUAGAGAAAAUUAAAAUGUGUCACCUGUUUCACCAUGCUGAAUGUAUCUUCCUACAACUUGUUCACUGUUUUGGAACCAUGCCACAUUUUGUUUUGGUCGUUCUGUGUCUCGUUUGUGAUAUUUUUGGGUGGUUUUUUUUGCUUUUUUGAUGGUUUCACCCACUUUCAUGCCAACUGUAGAAAGAUGUUUCACCAUGCUGAAUGUAUCUUCCUACAGUUUGCUCCUCUGUUUCCUGUUUUUGCGGGUAGUUUUGUGUCUUGUUUGUGUUGUUUUGUGGCACUUUCAUGCAAACUGUAGAAAGAUGCUUCACUACUUGCUCCUCUGUUCAUUGUUUUGAAACCAUGCCACAUUUAGUUUUAGUCGUUUUACACCUUGUUUAUUGUUUUUUUUGUUUUUGUUUUUUUGCUUUUUUGACGGUUUCACCCACUUUCUCAUCAGUAAUAGAAAGAUGUUUCACCAUGCUGAAUGUAUCUCCAACAACUUGCUCCUUUGUUCGGUGUUUUGGAACCAUGCCACAUUUUGUUAUGGUCAUGCUGUGCCUCAUUUAUGUUGUUUUGUGGCUAUAUUUUAACAAUUUGGCCCCUAAUAAUGGAAAAAGUGGCUCCACAUACUAUAGAUAUUUAACAAACAAACUAAACAUGAGCUGUAGAAAGAUGUUUCACCAUGAACUUUCUUCUCUGUUUUCUGUUUUUGAGCGAUGCCACAUUUUUUUGGUGCGUUUUCUGCCUCGGUGGUGUCAUUUUGUGUCUUGUUUGUAUUGUUUUGUGUAUUUUUUGACAGUUUCACUCACUUUCACGUCAUCAGUGGAAAGAUGUUUCACCAUGUUGAAUGUAUCUCCAACAACUUGCUCCUCUGUUCACUGUUUCUGAGCCUUGCUGCAUUUAUUUGAUUCAUCCAGUAGCUUUGAUUUCACUCUCAGUCUCUCUGUGGAAACACUGCCUGUGUUUUAAAUGAAACAAGCAGAAUUCACAGUUUUAAGAUCAGAUCUGUUUCUGAUUUCAAGAAAUGAAAGUUAAAAAAGUUGAAAAUCCAACAUUUCUUUUUGUUUUUACAGUUUCUGAUGAAUGCGAACAUUUUGGCAUCUUUUAGGGAAGAAAACGUGUCAAACCUGACAAUGGGUUUUAGGGUUCUGAGGGUUAAAUUCUGGUUCUUUCUGAUUUCUGACUCUGUUAAACAUUGUUCAGAUUGUGUAUUAUUAUUGUUAUUUAUUGCAGUUUGUAUAUUUAGCAUUGUGUGUGUUUGUUUUUGGACAUUUUUAUAAUAUUUUGACAUUAAAAUGAAAAGUUGUGACUGUUUUUAA